AUAUUUAAUUUUCUAUAUAAGUUUUUAAUACAAUUUUCUUAAUUUGUUUUUUUUUAUAUCAUAUAAGUUUCUUCUAUAAAUAUACGCUCACUUUUCAUGACCAUCACAGUUUUUCCGGAUAUCAAAUGUUUUCUUUUUAAAUACAUAUGUUUUAAAUAAUUUAUUACCAAAACCGUAUUAUUCCGAAAUUAGAUAAGAAAAUUUUAUUUUUUUUAUCAAUUCUGGUUAAUUAUUAGCCAAUUUAGGUUAAUAAUAUUCACCUUUUGAAUUAAAUUCAUCUUCAAAACUGUUUUAAUUCUUUGAAUAUUUCUUUGUCUAAUAAACUAGGUCAGUUUCUUAACCGUUUUACUUCGAACAAAGACCUUUCCUUUUAGAGAUUUUUAAUUUCGAUAGCCAAAAAAAAAUAUCUUUAGUUUCUUUGGUCAAAAUAGAAAAUUGUUAAACCCAAAAGCACGAAUUUGACCAAAAUUCUUAGUUCCAUCAGCUGUUAACCCCUUGCUUUGCGUCUAUCUCCUUUACCAUAUAAUACAUAUAAAGAAUAUUUCCAUGCUAAAUUGCAUUUAAAAUGUAGGAAACUCCGCAGAAGACAGAAAAAGCAAGUGCGAGGGUGAAGCACAAUUAUAAAGCAACAAAUCGAUUGCACAAGAAUAAAAAUCACGCACCAAAUUAAUUCCAUUUAUACAAGAGCACGAUUGAGAGGUAAAUUUGAUGUGAUGCUGAAUUAGUAAUUUACUUGCAAAUUAGAUGAGUUAGUUUUUGUGUUUUAGAGGCGUUGAAUGAAGGAUAUGAAAAUUUAUUGGAAAAUUGCUUUUAAAAAAAAAAGCUUUAUCGUAUCUUUUUCAGGCGACCUUCUUAAUCACUUUAGCGGAGAAAUAUAUUACAAUUGCAAUGAACUUGCCAAAGAGUUUCGGUGUAAAAGCUUGGUGAAGGUAGAUGGGAUCGUUUUGUGUGUGAAAUUGGUUGAAAUUUUUAUUUAAAACUGAUUUUGGAAUGUUUUUUUUUAUGUGAAGUAAAUAAAUAUUAUUUAGUUGUACAAAUUUUUGUAAACAAGCCUGGUGUGAGAAGAAGCUGAAAUAUCUGUGAGAGAGUGGGAAGUGCAUCAAGGUUGGCACUCAAUUCCACCAGCUGCGGUGUACGCGUAGCAUAAGAAAGCCCCGUGUGUGUGAAAUAGAUGGCUAUUUAGCUACUUUACAUGCCUUGGCAAGCGCCUCGUGGUGUGUAGGCUGAGCUCUGUGGCUAUAUCUCCUCUACACUCUUUAAUAACAAUGAAUGGAAAAAUUAUAUCAUUCCGUCUUGUUCUUUUUAUUUGCGUGCAUUGCCAAAUUGAGAAAAUUGUGUGGACUCUCCAACAUCGGAUUUACCAUCGACCGCAAUUUUGUGCUCAACACUCCGCAGUUUUAGUUCGAUCGUGGUGUGAUCAAAUCGUUAGUUUCGGGGAGAAAGAAGUGACUUGUUAAAUACUUUUGUUCUUAUAAAGCACAAAAAAGGAAAGAAAAAAUUGAAUGUGAAAAUCUGCGGAAGUUGAAUUUGGAAAGAUGAUCAACGGAAAAUUCUUCACUGGACUUACGGAUAAAAUGAUGUCGAGGAAUGGUGCUGGUCCCAAUCGUCAGGAAUCCCAUCUGUACUGGCCAGAUGAAUCUAAUACACCAUCUGUGCGUGAUUCAUCGCACAGGGAUACAAUUUUGGCAACACGUCGUCGACAAUCGUGCACACCAUCAACCACAACACACCUCAACAAUGCAGCCGAUGACGUUGCCCCAAAAGAUCUCUUCAGGAAGCACAUGAAAUCCCGCAUUGAAUUCUACGAUCACGUUGACACCACCAAGGAUCCUCCCCUUGUAAGUCCUUUAAUUGAUAAAGGCUUCCAAGAUCAGAAACGACAAACUCUCUCGUCUAAAAUUGAAUUCUACGACUACGUCAAUGAGCCAACAAAGCUCAACAUUUCCCCGAAGAAAGUUCAAGAGAAAAAACCCGAAAAUACCCCCAAAAGUCCUCGGAGUGAGAGGAAAAUUUCCUUCAAACAAAAUGCCUCGGAAAAGCCCAAAAUAUCCACAAAGGAACACAUAAUUCCCAUUAAAAAUGACGAUAUAUCGAAAAAAUCAAACAUUUCCAAGAAAAAUAUCAGCAAAUCCGUUGAGAAUCUUACACUAAAGGACGACGAAGACAUUGAUUUGGAUCUUGGGAAGCUCAAUAAGCAAGUUCAAAAUCUCAAAAUUACCCCCAAAAGUACGCCAAAAGUCGAACCAAUUAAAUCAAAAGUUAAGCCAAUCCUCAAAACUCGACGUGUUGAGAUUGAUCAGGAACCCGAGGAGUUUGUCUACCGGAAUGGCUAUGACUACGACGAGCUACCACCAGUGCGUGUAAUAAAAUCCCGUGCAGUGAGACCUGAAGAGGAUUAUUUCUAUGAAAAUCGCAUUGUGCCAGCAGCUGUACCAACCUACAGACACCCCCACAUGCGUCCUGAACUCUUUGACGAAGAGCCAGUGAUCGUACGACGACCCAUUGAUCGAUUUUACUACCAACCCCGUGAGAUUUUCUACCGCGAACCCGAACCACGACGACGUACCGUCAAAUACGCCAUUCCCGAUGAUGAAGAUUACACCGAGAGGCCCCCCAGGGAGCCCCCCCAGCGCCCACGAUCACCAUCUCCAGCCCCUGCGGCGCCCAAAUCACGCCCUAUUCAGCGCUCAAACACAGUGAGGGAGACCACAAAGCCCAUUGAAGCACCAAAUGAGGCACGUUUGAGGGCACAUCAGCAUCUAAAGUCGAGUAUCUCAUUCUACAAUGACACAACCACAGCUGCAAAUGCUAGUGAGAGGAAACCACUGAGUAUUCGCGAUACAGCCGUGGCUCGUGUGGGUGUUGGACUUCCAGAUAUCUGACAGCCAUGAGCAAUAUAUAAUUUUCUCAUUUAUAUAAAAAUGAAACCAACAGCAGUGAUUUACAAUCAAACAAGACACUAAAACAACUAAUUGCUAAAUAGGGGUGAGACUAGUUUGUUUGUAGCACAAGAGAGUCCCACAUUUACUCUACUUACUCUACACACAGAAAACAACAUGCCAAGAAACACUUUUCUUUUAUAAGAAUAACGACUAAUUUAACAAUUUUUUUUAUGGAAGAAAAUAUUACUGAAAGUUUUUUUUGAAAGUUAUUUUUUGGAAAGAAUAAAAAAUCAUUUUAUAUAAAAAAAACAAAGAAACAAAAAAAAAAGAAAUACUCUGCGUUGAUACCACUGCUU